CAGCAGCCUCCACCACUAUGUCUGUACUGGUAGCACUGGUCAAGAAGAUCUGGUGCAUUAAGAAUUUCAUCGUCCUGCUGGUGACUCCUCUGAUCCUGUGUCCUAUCCUCUUUACUCUUCCACCACAGGAAGGAAAAUGCCUCUUUGUGGUCCUACUUAUGGCUUUAUACUGGUGCACAGAAGCGCUGCCUCUGGCUGUUACCGCUUUGCUGCCAAUAGUAUUAUUCCCCUUCAUGGGAAUCCUGCCCUCCAGCAAAGUCUGCCCACAAUACUUCUUGGAUACAAACUUUCUGUUCCUUAGUGGACUUCUCAUGGCUUCUGCUAUCGAGGAGUGGAAUCUGCACAGAAGAAUCGCCUUGAAGGUGCUCAUGUUGAUAGGAGUCCAGCCGGCUCGGCUCAUACUGGGCAUGAUGAUAACAACGGCGUUCCUGUCUAUGUGGUUGAGUAAUACUGCAUCCACAGCAAUGAUGCUUCCCAUCGCUAAUGCUAUUCUUAAAAGUCUGUUUGGCGAAACAUUUGCCAAGGAGAACGCUAUUAAGAGCCAAGACAACAUGCCAGCUAUGUUACAGGAGAAGGGUUUACAACCUGUCCCUACAGAAUUGCAGCUGCUCACCGGUAUAGAAGACAAAGAAGCAACAGAGAAGGUGGAAAUACCCAUCGAGAAAAAUUCGGACGAGGAGAAAGAGCGUGAAUUUCAAAAUAGGAUCUGGAAGGCAUUUCUUAUAUCUAUCCCAUACUCAGCCAGUAUUGGAGGGACUGCGACCCUCACUGGAACAGCACCCAACCUUAUUCUUCUUGGUCAACUGAAGAGCUUUUUCCCAGCUUGUGAUGUGAUCAAUUUCGGCUCCUGGUUCAUCUUUGCAUUUCCACUGAUGGUUUUAUUCCUUGUCCUCGGUUGGUUAUGGAUCUCAAUUUCACAUGGAGCUAUAAGCUUAAGGUGGAAAAGAAAAAAGAAGUCAGAGAUUAGGUCGGAUGCGGAAGCUAAAGCUAAGGAAGUAAUAAGUGAAGAUUAUCGUAAACUGGGGCCUAUAAUUUUUGCAGAAAAGGCAGUUUUUGUAUUCUUUUGUCUUUUUGCCAUCCUCCUGUUUACAAGAGACCCAAAGUUUAUUCCUGGAUGGGCAUCAGCAUUCAGACCUGGGUUCACCUCUGACGCAGUCACCGGAAUUACUAUAUCCAUCAUUUUAUUCUUCUUCCCCUCUGAGAAGCCUUCAUUGUCAUGGUGGUUCGAUCUUAAAGCCCCCAAUACUCAGAAUAAGCCACUACUGUCAUGGAAGAAAGCUCAAGAGACUGUGCCUUGGAACAUCAUCAUACUGCUGGGAGGUGGAUUUGCUAUGGCAAAGGGAUGUGAGACGGCUGGCUUAUCCACAUGGAUUGGUGGUCGCUUGCAGCCUCUUGAAGGUCUUCCACCAGCGGUAGCUGUACUUCUCAUCACCAUCCUGAUUGCCUCAUUCACAGAAUUUGCCAGCAACACGGCCACCAUCAUUGUCUUCCUCCCUGUUCUGUCUGAGCUGGCCAUACGUCUGAAGGUGAAUCCGUUGUACCUAAUGAUUCCGGGUACUAUUGGCUGUUCCUAUGCGUUUAUGCUGCCUGUGUCUACACCUCCUAACUCUAUAGCAUUUUCUACUGGGCAUCUGUUGGUGAAAGACAUGGCAAAAACUGGACUGCUGAUGAACCUGAUGGGAGUCCUCCUUCUUAGUUUGGCCAUGAACACUUGGGGAUCUAGUUUGUUCCAGUUAGGCACUUUCCCUGACUGGGUUAACGUCCAUUUGGACAACACGACUGUGUUGGCUGCUGCUACGCACAACAUGACCACUGGUAGAUAACCAUGAAAACUUCACACCAUCAGUCCUCUAUGGUCACAAAUAUUGACACUGUGAUGAUAUACAUUUAUGUGGAAACAGGUCUGCCUGCAACCUAAAAACAAUAUGGCUGCUCUGUAACCUUCACUCAGUGACUUUCAAGGACUAGUGUAUUUCUGUUACUUAAUUAUUCCUAAUUGUUACACAAUUGUGUAUUUUCUAAGUAAUAAUUCUUCCAGAAUUGUAAUAAGAUGCUAAGAUGUUAUGUACAGGGUUGCACAUAUCUGCAGUCCCAUAUACCUCAGGAAAGCUACUCGUUGAAUGCAACGUCCUUCUCAUUAAUGCCACAUAGGAUACCAUGGAUCCUUAGGGGAGCAAGGUUGGUGAAGUUGUUUUGGUUCUUGAACUCAUGAAGUUUUCUAUUGGUCUGCUCAGGUCUUAAAUGGACACUGCCAUUUGCAAAAACUUUUUCUUUAAUGUAGAUAAUAACAUUAUAAGUAUAUUUGUAAUAUACAUUGGUUACAUUUUGUUAUAUUUUUGGCUGAAAAAAAUGCUCUCUUGUCCCUGCAGGUAUUGCAUGUGUGUCUCAGCUAGGACAAAAUAAAGGAAGUAUGGGCGAGACAAGUAGAGCUCUGUAAACUGAGGCUCUUUGACAUGCCCCCGGCUCACAGUGCAGGCUGAUUGACAAGUCAGGAACCUGUCCGGCUUGUCCAAAAUAUACCAUUUUUUUUUUUUAAACAAAUGUAUAUUACAAACAUACAUAUAAUGUCAUUUACAUAUAGAGAAACAGAA